AUGGACUAUAACAAGAGAUCUUCCGUCUCUACAGUACCCAAUGCAGCCCCCAUAAGAGUCGGAUUCAUUGGCCUCAACGCUACCAAAGGGUGGGCGAUCAAAACUCAUUAUCCCGCCAUACUGCAGCUAUCGUCCCAAUUUCAAAUUACUGCCUUAUACAGCCCAAAGAUAGAGACCUCCAUUGCCACUAUCCAACAGCUGAAACUCAGCAAUGCCACGGCCUUCCCCACUUUAGAAUCAUUUGCAUCUUCUGCCACCGUGGACAUGAUAGUGAUAACCAUCCAGGUGGCCAGCCAUUAUGAGGUUCUAAUGCCCCUGUUGAAAUACUCCCAAAAUAAUCCGAACCUCAAGUAUCUUUUCGUAGAAUGGGCCCUUGCAUGUUCUCUGGAUCAAGCAGAAUCGAUUUAUAAGGCAGCUGCCGAACGUGGACUACAAACUAUUAUUUCUUUACAAGGCCGUAAAUCACCAUACAUCUUGAGAGCCAAAGAACUAAUUUCUGAAGGUUACAUUGGCGACAUCAACUCCAUAGAAAUUGCAGGAAACGGCGGUUGGUAUGGCUAUGAAAGACCCAUCAAAUCGCCCAACUAUAUUUAUGAAAUGGGCAAUGGUGUAGAUCUGGUAACCACCACAUUUGGCCACACCAUUGACCUUUUGCAGUACAUGACGAGCUCGUAUUUUUCUAGAAUAAACGCAAUGAUGUUCAAUAAUAUACCGGAGCAAGAGUUAAUAGACGAAUAUGGUAACCGAUUAGGUCAGCGAGUUCCGAAGACCGUACCCGAUCACCUAUUAUUUCAAGGCACUUUAUUAAACGGUAAUGUACCUGUAUCGUGUAGUUUCAAAGGUGGUAAACCUACCAAAAAAUUUACCAAAAAUUUAGUCAUAGACAUUCAUGGUACCAAGGGCGACUUGAAACUUGAAGGCGAUGCCGGCUUCGCAGAAAUUUCAAAUCUGGUACUUUAUUAUAGUGGUACUAGGGCAAACGACCUGCCGCUAGCUAACGGCCAGCAAGCUCCAAUAAAUCCGGGCUACGAUUCCGGCAAAGAGAUUAUGGAAGUUUAUCAUUUACGAAACUAUAAUGCUGUUAUAGGUAAUAUUCAUCGACUGUACCAAUCUAUCUCUGAUUUCCAUUACAAUACAAAGAAAAUCCCCGAACUGCCCUCACAGUUUGUAAUGCAAGGCUUCGAAUUUGAAGGGUUCCCGACUUUAAUGGAUGCCCUGAUACUACACCGGUUAAUUGAAAGCGCUUAUAGAAGUAAUAUGUUGGGCACUACGUUAAAUGUUAGUAAUAUCUCGCGCUAUCCUUUAUGA